AUGCGGUUCUUGUCGACUCUUCCCCUCUUUGCUGCAACUGCCCUUGCGCAGUACAGCACCGCACCCUCGGCCAACUCGUCUUGGACUUCGGGCCCUGACAAGGAUGGCAAGUACGAGAUCUCGUCCGAGGGCAUUCGCGCUCUCUUCAUUCCCUAUGGCGCCUCCAUUACCAACUUGUUCAUCCCGGGCAAGAACGGUGAAGAGCUUGACAUUGUCCUCGGCUUCGACAAUGCCACCGCCUACGAGGGCCCCGUCCACCCCCAUCUUGGCGGUGUACCCGGCCGUUACGCCAACCGCAUCAAGAACUCGACCUUCACCAUUGACGGCCAGGACUACCACAUUACGCCAAACGAGAACAAUGGCGCAGACACCCUGCACGGUGGAAAGGAUGGAUGGGACUGGCGCAACUUUACUGUUGUCGCCCAUACCAAGGACUCUAUUACUUUUUCCAUUGUCGAUCCCGAUGGCAAGGAGGGCUUCCCCGGUGAGGUCAUCAGCUACGUUACCUACACCGUGACCCCACACACUUGGCGCUUCAAGAUUGUCGCCAUUGCUACCACCAAGAAGACCCCCAUUAUGCUGACCUCUCACACCUACUGGAACUUGGACGGUUUCGCCAACCCUGAGGAUUCGACCAUUUUCAACCACACUUUCCAUAUCCCUUACUCUGGCCAGCGUGUUGGUGUUGACAACAUCCUCAUUCCCGACGGCACCAUUCUGCCCAACGAGAAGUACUCUGUCAACGACUUCUGGUCUGCUCCCAAGCAGAUUGGCGCCAACCAAACCGCUCCCGAGCUUCUCGGUAACUGCGGUUUCAACUGCACCGGUUACGACAACUGCUACCUCGUCAACCGCAGCCCCGCCGAGGCUCUCGACUGGCGCAAUUCUGGCCCCGUUGCUUCGUUGGCUAGCGAGUGGUCCGGCAUCAAGCUCGACAUCUACUCCGACCAACCCGCUUUCCAGAUGUACAGCUGCCCCGGUCAAGAUGGUACUCUUCCCAUCAAGUCUACCCAAGGCGCCGAGGGCGGCAGCCGUUUUGUCCCCAAGUACGGCUGCGUCGUCAUGGAAGUCCAGGACUGGAUCGAUGCCAUCAACCAGCCCGAGUGGCAGCGCGAGAAGUACCAAAUCUUUGGUCCCGAUAGCGCUCCUUAUACUCUUGAGGCUGCCUAUGUCUUCUCUACUACCAAGUAA